UACCUACCUAGGUAGUUAAAAGAUUAGGUAAGCUAUGAAGACGCAACUUCGCUCUUUAAAAGAUAGACCUACUAGGGAAUUACAAAUUACAAUUACAAAGUUGACUUUCAAAUCCGUGUUACACGACAACCUGACAUCUCAAUGCGUUUCUGCAUAUCCUUAAGCCGUCAUAAUUCUAUCUUACAGAUAUCCGAUGGCUAGGAACGGUGUAAGUGAGGCUGGUCCUCGCGUUCCCUACGGAGCUCCCGCGACCUGGCACAGCCAACUGCCCGCCGAGGAGGAUGAAUCUGAAUGGGAAUAUGAAUAUUCCAAAACCGAGACUGAGAGCUUCUAUGUCACUCUAGACCUCUCUCAAGCAGACUUCACUAGCCGUGAUGCCAGUGUUGUUAACAGGCCGGGCUAUCGAGGUGGCGAGAAAGCUGAAAGGGCGAAGUUGUACUUGAAUAGGCGGAUGAGCCCGAGUAACGGUAUCGAUAAUAGCGAUGAUGAGAGAGAUCUAUCGCGAGAUUCAAACCCGAAAGAGUCUCAAAUUGCUGACGACGGAGAUGACCAUGAGGUUCAGAUCUUGGACCUCGAAACUACUAACCCAAUUAUUUCGUAUAAGGGGCGCGUUUAUUCAGGCCAAUGGAACCAGAACGUCGGCACCGAACUCCUCAUAGCAAAGCGUGACAACGAUAACCCUCUUCCGGCUCUCCGGCAGCUGGAUCAUGAUGUGGAUCUCUUGGCCGCUAGCUGCGCAAGAAUCAACGUCAAGGAGAAGCAGCUCAAGUCCAAGGACGCCACUCUAAAACGACAGCGGGAUGCGAUUGCGUCUAAGGAGCGGCAAACCUCCCAACCUGCUGUUCCUCCUGCCGAAAAGUGGGCGGGUCCGGAAAGAGUCGCCCAGGGCAAUUUUCUCGAGAAGCUCAUCGCGCUCAAGAAAAAGUUGGGCGAGACGGAUGAAGUCACUGUAAUUGCUAAGAGCAUGGAAGUGAGAGCCCAACAUAACCGAAGCAGAAAACUCAAGCAAGGCCACCGAGGCAAAUUCAAUCUUCCCCAUACUAGGGGCCCGAGGAGAAUGAGGGUGAAAGACGCGGGCAUUCUUAGAACGUUAUCGAUUCGUGAGGGGUCAGCCGCAACUUCGCCUUCGCCUAGCGUUGCUGAUACUAUGGUUUCUACGCCCACACCGCAUCAUUGGGAUGAAUUGGAAGAAGAAGGGGAGCAAGGGGAUGAGAAUGAGGUGAUAGAUGAGAAUGUAGAUGAAGAAGAGAUGGACAGGGCCGAGUAUUAUGGAUCGGGAGGAGAGGGAGAUGAGAAUGAGGACGUGGACAUGGAUGAAAUCUAAGUGUUCUUCCAAGCAUGCUGAUCGGAGUUGACUCUUAUUAUAUAGCACUUUGAGGUUCAGUCAAGAGCUUCCGAAAUGAGAAUCAAUCUUGGUGGUUUAAUUUGCCUAUUCUUAAGUAUUCUUGUCUGCUUCCUGUGGAGUACUUUGUUCCUCGGGGGUAAAUACAUGCGUGAUCGCAUUUUCCAGCUCAUAAUACAGUAACUAGGUAGUCACAGACUACUCGAUGAUCCUCAAACCCCAUCAACCAGCCAUGGCGUUUGCGUUUAGUCAAGUAAUUUUGUUGGUCAGGUUAGGUAGGUAGGUACCUAGCCUGUCCUAAUCACUCGUUGCCCAAUUUCGUCCCGGUACUCGUUGCAGUUCACAGUCUAGAAUUCAUUCUGGAAUGGAUUCUAGAAUAGAUCGUUGAUACUCUUGUCGGCAUCCUUCUUGAUAAGAUCUAUCAUU